ACUGAGGACAGGUACUGGCGAAUGUCGUGUGGACAUUCACCAUAAUUGGCGAAUGUCGUAGGGGUACUGGCGAAUGUCAAUCUGGCGAAUGUCGUGUGGACAUUCGCCAGUCGCCAGUAUGGCGAAUGUCUAUUGGCGAAAGUUGAAUUGGCGAAACGCGACUUUACCUUUGUAGCUCAUAUAAAUCUAGAAGGAAUCGAUAUUGAAACGUCUUUUCUAGACAAAUCGAAGGGAAAAGUUCUCGAAAACGUAACAUUUCUAAGUAAACAAAUAAAAGAUUUAAUUUCGGAUGUUAACAAAGUCGCCGAAUUACUAUGUCAAAUGAAAGUUUUUGCUGAAAAUCUAUCGAUGUUUGAUACUGAAAUUAAUGCAAAAAUAGAUAAAGAGGUGAACUCAUAUAAAACACAACAGGAUAUAAUGGAUUUUGAUCAACUGACCAUGAUUUUAGAGAAAACAGAAAUAAGUUUUCAAUUGAUUCAUGAUCAUACCUGCUUUAUUGGACAAAACUGGCGAACAAGACGUGAGAAAAUGCAAAAACAAGAUGAUUUAAAAAAUUUAUGCACAUUGAAUGCUGCCAAAGCUUUAUCAGUGUACCAAGAUUGUGCGUUACGAUUCAGCAAAUGGAUUUUUCUUUUCGAUGAAGCCAUAAAAGAUAUGGUAGCUGCUUUACGAUCGUUUCGAUCAUCAACAUAUAUUGUGCGAAAUGAUAGGAUUGUCUAUGUAGAAGGUGAAUCUAUUGCAGAGAAUGUAGUUCGCGGUUACGAUACUAUUUGGGCAUAUUAUUAUGAGAAUGAAAAAGGUAAAAUUAGUCCGAGUAGUCUGGAAGCAAACGUGGGCAUUAUUAUAAACUGUGGAACAUUCUCGUAUGCUGAAAUGCCUCAUGAAUUUCGGUUUAUAACCGGUGUUACAGGUACUUUAGAAACACUUGCUAAAUUAGAAAAAGAUGUAUUGGAAAAUGUUUAUUAUGUACAUAAAAAAACUAUUAUGCCAUCGGUAUUUGGGAGAAAUAUCUCGCGUACACUCCUUCUUAUGGAUGCAACAGACUCCAUGGCUAGUUUGUUGUCUGCUGUCAAAGAUACUAUCUGUACAAUGUUUGAACGUGCUUCUGUUAUUCUAAAGGAGAAAAAACUUUGUGCUGAUGCAUUUCAAAUGCAAUUUGCAGUUUAUCGAGACUAUGACUGUAAAGCAGAUGGAAUUCUACAAAGUUCUUCUUGGGAAACGAACCCAAGUAAAUUGAGAUCUUUUAUGACUAAUAUUCACGCUCGUGGUGGCGAUGAUUAUGAAGAACCAAUUGAAAUUGGAUUAUGGCACACAGUUCAGCAAAGUGAAGAACCAUACGGACUUUCACAGAUUAUUUUAAUUGGAGAUGCGCCAGCUAAAACUAGUUCAGCAAUAGCCAGAGAUAGAAAAGCUACUGGCGGCGAUUCAUAUUGGGGUAAAACGAAGUUCAUAAAUCCAACUCAUUAUACAAAGGAGAUGAAGAAGUUGAAAGAGAAAAGCAUUCCUAUUCGUGCAUUUUAUCUUCAUGAUGAUGCAAAAGUUAUUUUUAAACAAAUUGCACUUGAGACAGGAGGAAGAUGUAAAUCGCUAGAUAUUAAUUCUUCUGAAGAAAAAUUUUCCGAAGAAAAACAAAUCAAAGGUAGAACUGCUGGACAAGGUGAUCAAGGAUCUUAUAGUAUGAUUUUACAUGAACAGGAUCUAGAGAAAUUUCACAUCGAUCAAACACAUAUUGGUCAUAUUUUAAAAGGUAAAAGUUUCAUAGCUCGUGAUAUUAAUAUUAUUGCUGAUACUAUUCAUCUUUCAAAGACCUAUCAUACACUUUAUGAUCUUCUAGAUGAUAAACGUACUGAAUUAUUUAAAGUUCAAUAUGAAGAAAAUAAGAAAUAUGUUGAACAAGCUAAACAAAAACAUCUUAUUUCACAAAAAUUUUUGUCUAAUCUUCUUUUGGAAAAUCUUGAUGAAAUUAGAAAAUUUUUAAUUGAGGAAAAUCGAGAAGCAGAAAGAAAAUUACAAUCACGAACUGUUUGUCUUAUGGAUGCAACAGUUUCUAUGAGUCAUUUAUUACAUAAAUGUAAAAAUACAGUAGAUAUUAUGUUUGAACGUGCAUCAGAAAUUUUAAAUGAUCAUAAAAUGAAAUCAGAUUCAGUUCAAAUUCAAUUUGCUGUCUAUCGAAAUUAUAAUAGUUCUCAUGAUAAACUUCUUCAAAGUUCUCCUUGGGAAAGUAAACCAAAUAAUUUACGUUCUUUUAUGAAUACAACUGAUGUUGAUGGAGGAUGGCAGAAUGAAGCAAUUGAAAUUGGUUUAUGGCAUGCGAAUAAAGAAAAUGAAAGAGAAACUAUUACAUAA